UAUGGACGAAUAUGCCCUCAUGGAUCUCCCAGUGCUGCUGGAUUACGUCUUCGAAGCGACAAAACAACCGACGAUAACGUUCCUGGGUCACUCCCUGGGUACCACCACAGGUUUGAUGCUCCUCUCGGCGAAGCCAGAGUACAACGCCAAACUGGACACGCUGAUCCUGCUGGCCCCAGUCUCCUACUGGACCACCCACAACCCCACGAGGACCUUCAUAUCGAGUUUGGCACACCCCCUGAGGAUUAUGUCGCCCCGAGGUGCCUACGAAUUCCAGCCCCAGGCUGUCGUCCUCCCUGGAAUCAUCAAGCACUUCUGCUUGAUCAAUGAUUUCACGAGGGAUCUGUGCUACAUUCCUUAUGAUCUCAUUCUUGGGCCCAGUCGUCAAUUCAGAGUCGAUAGUGAACCUGAAUUCUUCUGCUACUAUCCAGCUGGUAUAUCCGCAAAAACUUAUUAUCAUUAUAUGCAGCAUUUGGACACUGGCACAUUUCGAAGAUACAAGCACGAGACAGAUGCCUUAAAUCUCAAAGUUUACGGAAGCGAGGAGCCACCCGACUACAACGUGACGAACAUCAUCACUCCAACCGUGAUUUUCCACGCCCCAAAUGAUCCCCUGUCGACACCGGACGAUGUCGAGGCAUUAAUCAGCAGACUUCCCAGUGAUACCCCAUUGGUUUACGAGAGAGUUGACAACGACGAGUUCAAUCACGGUGACUUCAUGCUCGCCAAGAACGCCGACGAGCUCGUGUACUCGAAAUUACUGAAAAUUCUGUCUCAAUCUGGCUUCAGUAGAUAGUGAUCUCUCAAUUUCGUUUAAUUUAUUUUGCGCCAGGGAUUGGGUAUUCCUGUCUUGUUUUUUACGGGGAGACACGUGACUUGUGUUAUUACUCCGAGGGAUAGUCGGGUAUUACUGGAUUUUUGAGUAUGAAAAAAUUUCGUAGAAGAAAUUAGCGAAUUCGCUAGGAAAUUCUGGUGGAUUCGAUGGAAAAUAUUCUAUAGAAAAAAUCAACAGGUUUCAAUUUUCCUUUACAACUGAGUCUAAUUUUUCAUACACAUUUUCUGCAGAAAC